AUGAGGCCUUCACUCCUGCUGCUGUGUGCAAUCAGCAGGUACUCUGGUGCUGCUCUCUUGCGACAAGAAAGCUCGCUGGAUCCAAGUCAAUGGGAUCGCAGCCACGAAGCCGAUGCCAAUCAGUUGCUCCAGGUGUCAAUCGCCUUGACAAUACAAAACGCUGAUAUCGGAGUCGAAACCUUGCUACGCAUCUCUGAUCCAACUUCACCAGAUUAUGGACAACAUUUGUCGGCCGAAGACGUCGUGCGCAUGUUUGAGCAUGAGCCGAAGACGGUUUUUCAUGUGGUGGAAUGGCUUGGGAAAUCGGGUAUCGACCAAAGCCGUGUCCAGCUUUCAUACGGUGGCGAUCGCUUGACUCUGAAUCUACGGGUGCAAGAAGCCGCAAGGCUUCUGGAGACCACAUUCUAUCACCAAACGCACCGGGAGACUGGACGAAAGCAGAUUGCCUGCCAAGAUUACCACAUUCCGGAGUCACUGGCUGGAUCUAUCGACUAUAUCCUCGCAGCUUCACCUGUACAAACUCACAAGCGUAUCCCCCGACAACAGGUCGUUCUGAAUGACAGGGUCACUGCAACGGCGCCCCUGCCACUCGGGUGUCUGAAGUCGACAACUUUGGCGUGUCUCCGAGCCCUGUACAGGAUCCCUGAGGACGUCCCACCACACCCCAACAACUCGUUUGGCAUUUUUGAACCAUCUUGGUUCUCAUGGGUUCCGGAAGACUUGGACAAGUUCUUUGGGCAAUUUCAGAGAGACCUGGUAGGCCACCGUCCGAGGGUCGAUGCCGUCAACGGUGGCUACCUGCAGAGAAACAUGACCGAAUCGAUUUGGUAUCAAGAACCAAACCUGGACUUCGAGUAUGCGAUGGCGCUCACAUCACCCCAAGAAGUCACCAACGUUCAAGUCGGUUCUUAUGGCCGGACGGGAAAUCUUCAUGAUAUGCUCGCGGCGUUCGACAAGUACUACUGUAUGACCCCAGGGGAUAAGAAGUACCCUAUCACCUAUCCACCGGGAUGCAACGCCACUGCCUGCGACUGCGGCUCAUCAUCACCUCCCAAGGUCUUGUCAAUAUCGUGGGGCUGGACGGAAGCCGCCUUUACUCCAAAUUACCUGCAGCGUCAGUGCCUUGAAUUUCUCAAGUUGGCCCUCAUGGGCACAACCGUCAUCGUUAGCGCAUCCGACUAUGGCACGGCGACCAACAAUGGAUGCGGACCAUUCUGUCUGGAUGACCCAACGGGCAGUGGCACCGAGGGGAGGUUUAGUCCCAUGUACCCGUCUUCGUGCCCUUGGGUCACCAGUGUCGGGGGGACGCAGAUGCUGCAGCCAACUGAUCGUCGGAUAGCACCGGCCCCCACCACAAACGAGACAGCUUUCCGCCAAAAAGGCACCUCGGGGAACACAUUUUCUUCCGGAGGCGGUUUCAGCAACGUUUUUCUUGCUCCACCCUACCAGAUUUCAAAUGUCGCCACCUACAAAGACAUCGAGCAAGAGCACUUGGCCGAGAUCCAGGAUCGUUUCAACAGCACAGGCAGGGGCUACCCUGACGUUGCUGUCCGAGCCGACAAUUACGCGAUCGUGUCCCAAGGGAAUUGGAAGCUCGCCUCUGGCACUUCGGCAUCGAAUCCGGUCUUCGCUUCGAUCAUCACGUUGAUCAACAGCGAGCGCAUGCACAUGGGGAAAGGGCCGGUUGGCUUCAUCAACCCCGUCUUGUAUAGCAACCCGGAUGUGCUCAACGAUAUCCUGACAGGGGCAAACCAGGGGUGUGGCGUUGAUCAGGCGUUCCGAGCGACCCGCGGGUGGGAUGCGGUGACGGGUCUCGGAAGUCCAGAUUAUGAGCGGAUGCGACAACUCUUCAUGAGCUUGCCAUGA